ACAGUACACACGGAAGUGAAUUUUAUCAAACUAAAAAAGAUUUUACAGCACAGAAUAAAAGAACAUGGAUUUAAGAAGAGUAAAAGAUGAAGAUAAACUCCAGUUGUGUAGGAAAUAUUACUUAGGUGGUUUUGCCAUGCUUCCAUUCUUGUGGUUUGUUAAUUCUGUUUGGUUUUUCAAAGAAGCUUUCUUCAAACCUCCAUAUGAACAACAGAAGCAAAUAAAAACAUAUGUGAUAAGAUCUAUAAUUGGUUCAUUGAUAUGGAUUUCUGUUAUAGUGACAUGGGUGACAAUAUUUCAGUUGAAGCGUGCCGAGUGGGGGGCUACAGCAGACUAUAUGUCAUUUAUCAUUCCUAGAGGAGAACCAUGAUCAUUAUUGUUUGAUGUAUCUGUGCUAAUAUAUUUGUGAUAUGUGGAGCUGGUACUCCUGGGGAUCUUUCAAAACAUCCAUUUAUGUACAAAAUAAUAACCAUUGACCUUGAAAUUAAGAUUCACAAAUUGUAUCAGAAAGUUCUAAUGAGUUUAUAAGAGUUUACUUUACGAAGAAUAUUGUUGUGUUUUCUAAUUUGUUGAUUUAUUUUAUGAUUUAGCUUAAUACUAAUUUUUACAGUAACAUUUUCAAAACGUGUAUCCCUCUGAAAUAGAUGUUAUCCAGAACUCAGUAAAUAACAGUUUUUUUUCCCCAAGGUAAUCCCCUGGUACAAGCAAACUUUUACCCUUAAAGCUUCAAGGUGCACUUCAAGUCAAACUGUUGCACUUAUUUUUGAAACUGUAACAUUACUGUAAAAUAAAAGUUUGUUAUACCCACGGGUUAGCUGGGAAAACCCAAAAUAUUCUUCAUUCCAGAGUAAGUCUAUUUACUAAGGUGUAGUUGAUGAAACUGCAUACAUGUAGUUUGAUUUGAAUUUAUGUCCAGUAAGUACAUUUAGAUAUUUGUCACAGUUCAUUUAACUUCAUUACUACAGUAAAAAGAUCAUUAACUAAGAAACAUUGCUCUGUAAUAUAAUGAGCAGGUAUGCAUUAGUAUGUGUGAAGACAAGUAUUGCUUUAUGAAUUAGAAAUGUAUAGACAUAGUGGAGUAUAAAAUCUUUUAUCCCAUUACUUCUUUAUUAUUUUUGUUUGUUAUUUGUAAAUAGUUUGAAUUUUUUUUAAUUCUUUAAUGGUAUGACUUUAUAAACACAAUAUGAUACGUAUUUUAUUUCCAAUCAGAUACAUUAUGAAUUUAAAAGCAACUUUUUUGUUUUCAGUUCAAUGGCAACGCAUAAUUUACAUUUGGUUGGUUUGUUUGUAAUGAAUAUUGUUAUGUGUAUAUCAUCAUACAGUAGCUUAUAAUGUUGCCAGUUAUUUUAUCCAACAUUAUUAAAAUCUUCGUAUGUUGUAAAUGUUUCUAUUUGAAAUUCAUUGUGCUUGAAUAGUAAAGAAAUUAAAUUAUAAUAAAAUGUGUUUUGUACAUGCA